UUCGCCCGGCGGGUCGAGAGGGCUCUUAAUUUAAAGAGACGGUGUGUGGAGGGGGUGUGUGUGUGUGUCUCCCCCUCGCGCGCGCUUCUUGCUACCAGCCGCCCUCCCCUGCUUUCCCCUCAUCACCCCCAGGCAGGACGAGAGGAAUGGCCGACGCUGACGCCGAAGGCAGCAAAUUCCCGCCCGCGCGGACACAACCGCCGCCCCUGUAGGAGGCAGGGUCGGCAAGGAUAAACCCUCUGCAGGGACCGCCGCCCGGGAUGUCCGCCAACACCAGUCUGUUCGCCUCGGUGGCCCUGGAGCCGCACUCGGUCUCCCCCAUGCCGUUCGGCUCGUCGGACGGCUGGAGCCGCCUGGCGCGCCUGCUGCUGCUGGCCAGCCUGGCCGUGGUGGGCAGCGUGGGCAACGUCUUCAUGAUCAGCUCCGUCAUGAUCGAGGACCACCUCAAGAAGCGAGGUAACGUGUUCCUGGUGAACGUGGCGCUGGCCGACCUCCUCAUCACGGGGAUGGUGUUCCCCGCCUCCAGCGUGAUGCUGCUGGCGGGCCUGCAGGGUUCCCUGGGCGUGUGCCACUUCCAGUGGUUCCUCGCCAUCCUCUGCUGCCUGGUGACGGUCCUCACGCUGGCCGCCAUCGCCGCCGAGAACUACAGCCGCCUCUGCCUCAGCCACCAGUGCUACGCGCUGCUCACGUCCGCCCGGCUGACCGUCUCCCUCUUCGCCAUCUGGCUGCUCUCGGGCCUGGCGGUCACCCUGCAGUUCCUGCUGGACCUGGGGCCCGACUACUGCACCCUGAGGCUCGCCAGCCUGCUGCCCUACCACGCCGUCGUCGGCGCCGUCUUCGUGUUCCUCCCCACCGCCUUCACGCUCGCCUGCUACGCCCGCAUCGCCUUCCGCGUGCGCGACGCCAAGUCCCGGCCCAGCUUCAAGCCGCCCGUCGCCUUCAGCUGGGACUACUCCCUCAUGAAGACCAACUUCUACAGCUUCGUGCUGUUCGUGGUGUUCUGGCUGCCGUUCGGCGUCGCCCUGGCCGUCGGCUCGCUCCACGGCGUCUCAAACCGGCUCUUCUACAACCUGGCCUUCUUCGCGCUCAGCAAGUCCUGCGUCAACAACUUCCUGUACUGCGUCACCAACCGCCACUUCCGCAGCGCCUACGUGAACCUCUUCCACUACUGCUGCUGCAAGACGACGGUGUCCUUCUCCCGGCGCACCCGGGGCGAGCCGGCGCGGCCGUCGGGAGACGUCCGGGUGCACAUCAUCCCCGGGUACAACAUGUACUCGUACACGAGCCCGCAGCGCGCGAGGGACGGCGGCGGCGGCUGCAAGGCGUCGGCGUUGAAGCGCGGGGCGGGCUCUUGCCGGCCCGGGACCAGCCGCCCCAACGGCCGGGACGUGUACGAGUUGCUGGAGCCCGGCGACUGGGCACGCUGCCACGCGGCCGCUGCGAGCCGCGUGCGCGGCGGCGCAAGCUCCGACCUCCUGGAAGGCACGCUGGUCUGA